CCCCAGUCUCCUGUACACCUGUAAGAGCCUCUGAUUGUGAGGUGCAGCAGAAGUGGACCAUGCAUUCCACCUCCUAAGAAGCCUCCCUGUUCCCCUGGUCAUCCUUGGGUAGUGGAACAGCAGCUCCCUGGCCAUGGUCAGAGACAAUAGAGUUGUUCUUGUUCCUCAAAUCCCACUGCCCAACUUGAUGAAGAUGUGACUUCUUGAAAACUUGAGUUACUCCUUUGACACACCUGCUCAAGGGGGAAGCAAGGGGUUUGGAAAGGGGCAUGUGUAAGUCUGCCUUUUCCUACGCCGCAGGAUAUGCCAUGAUACGGAGGACUGCUGAGGCAGACCUCACACGCCUGAGGAGAUACGAGAUCCCAAUUAAGAGAGUAGCCAGAAACCUCUGCUUGGACCCAGCGCUCAUCGGUGCCAUCAUGUCCCAGGAGAGCCGUGUCGGCCUGCUCCUGGACAAUGGCUGGGACCAGGGACGGCAGAAGUACGGCCUGAUGCAGAUCAGCAGGCAGCAACCUUAUGUGCAACUGCAACCUUAUGUGGCGUGGGAUAGUGAAGAACACAUAAAUCAGUGCUCAAAUAUCCUGGUUCUUUCCAUUAAUGAAGUACGGGCAAGACAUCCUACCUGGACCUGGGACCGGCAGCUGAGAGGAGGAAUCUGCACCUACCAUGCAAAAAUGGGCAACCUCCAGGUCUAUGAGGAGGACCCAUGCAGCACAGACUACAACUAUGUCAACAGCGUGAUUAGGCGAGCCCAGUACUUCAAGAGAAAUGGGUUCUAGGUCUUAAACCCACCCCUCCACGGAGCCCCACCUCUGCAGACUGGCCCAGCAGUGAUUGUAGUACCCAGAGCAGUUCCUCAGGUCUCCUGGCAGGACCGAUGCUGGUGGCAUUGCCAAUGUCACCUUGCUCGCUCCAGCAAAUCCCAGCCCCCCACUCGCUGAUGGGCGAGCUCAGCUCUGCCUUUCAGGAGACCCCCAGGGAUGAGAUCCCACAAGCUCAAGGCCUUUGAGAGGCAGAUGGGGACAGACCAGCAAUAUUUAAUUUUGAGUGAGGAAGGUGACUCUUCCUGUUCAAAGCUGCACCCUGGGGCUGUUUGUGCAUCUCCCAGACAUGGACACAAACAGCUCUCCCUGGGCAUCAGCUGUGCUCUUCCCAUCUGCAUCUACCUUCUUUCCUCUCCAUGGCCAAUGCAGGGGGUGAAUACCCUGUUUUCCUUCCCUUGGUGCUGCUGGCUGAGGAGCAAUGAAGAGACUUCUCAGUGAGCCUUUGGUCUCUGCAGUAGUUGAGUGUUCCUGUAGCCAGCCUUGAGGGGGACAAUUCUAAACAUGCUUUUGUUGGUCUCCUGAGUCCACAGCCAUGAUGCAACUGGGGACCUCAUCAGGGCAUCUAUAUGGAAAAUACUGCAAGUGCCACAGCAGGCAAAAUACCUUUCCAUCAGAGAGCAGCCCUUUGGAGCAGGAGUCAGCCCCAUACGUACCCACGCCGGGAGCUGUAUCACAGCAAUAGUUUUGGUAAAAAACCCCACAACCUUUCCUGCUUUAGCUUUGGCACAUUUAUGCUGAGUUUCCUCCAAAUUUAAAAGCAUUUCAGCAUCUGUCUCUCUGCCAGGAAUCCCAGUUUCCAAUACAAGCAAAUGAGCUCUGGUCUGUUUGAAAGUGGAUGGGUCUCUCGGUGCCAAUUUAUUAAUUAGAGAACAAUAAUGAGAAUAAAAUAGAAAUAAAGAUAAAUGUUAAACCCCAAUGUUUAUUUUUUUCAGUUUCAUGGGGCUCAGUGGGUAGCAAUCUACAGCUUGAGUAAAUAACCCCAUUCAGUACUCUUGGAA